CAAAAUUCAAAUCCAAGUUAAUCAAUAGAACAAUGAAAUAGUGCUAUCGCUGAUAACGUGCUUCUGUUUCAACUCUGCCUCAAACAUUACGGAAGGAAAAAGAGAGUAUCUCUCUACCUGGCAGGGAGAAACCAACAUUUCAUUGUUCAAAAUGUAGUUGAACAUCUGAAGUAUGAGUCUCGAAUGCUCUUUCGAUAUUUGACAUUCGAUCUAACGUUAGUCCCCUCCCUAGUACAUGAAGCUAUUCGAAUGGAAGACACGCUAAUAAUUACUAGGUAGGUAGGCUAUGACGAUACAACAUUCCUUCGCACUUUCUGUUUCUUGCGACAGCAGCUUCGAUUCAUUACGACAGAUUCAGAUAUCACGAUACAUUCAAGCAAUACAACGGAUUCAAACAACAUAGCAACCUGAAUGAUCACAAUGGGUUCAUCAAACGAGUCCAAGGUCGCGGAAGGCGCGACCAACGACCACGCAACUACCCGAUUACUACGAUUCCUCUCUGCGGCUUCGAACGAGCAACUUGUAUUGAUAGCCCUUGCCUUAGCAUUCGGCAUAUACAUAAUAAUAGAUGGACUUUUCAUUCUCCUCCUAGGAGCUUUAGGCGGCGUCAUUUUACAUACGAUAUGUACAGACAAAAGUGUUAGGCCUGUAGUAGAUUUGUAUGUCAAGCCAGAUGACGUUCAAGUCGAAUUGGUCGAGAGCACAGGGAACAACUUCGAGAACUUUCGACCUAAGACUGCCAUUGCCUUGAACGAAUUAGUUGAUGCCAUUGUUCGAGACUAUGUCAAGCAUUGGUACAACCCUAUACUCCCUAGCGAUGAAACCUUCCUCACUGCUACGAGAUUGUCCCUUACGAGGUUCAUUCUAUCCAUGUCUCAGCGUCUCUCAAGAAAGCGACCUGCCGACACGUUCCUCAAUUUCCUUACCAAUUCCUCAUCCAUUGCCAUUGUCUUUCUCAAUGAGUUGGCAAAUGCAACCUCCGCAACCCAGGGGACCAUCAGACCUAUCGAAGAGAUGGUAACUAAUUAUUUGAUUGCACAUCCGAAUUGCAAUUUGGCCAACAUUAUGAACGAGAAGCAACAGAAGAAGCAGUUUCAAUUGGCCGCAGAUGAUAUUCUACAAAAUUUCCUGGGGAAGUCGCUUUAUGAUUCUGGACUGGUCAGGAUCUUUUUGAGAGAGAUAUUAGCUGGAGUCGUCCUAGAGAUGACACUAAAAAGUUGUUCCAAGCCAGAAUUUAUUAAUGGUUGGAUCGUAUACCUGCUGGAAGAUGGAGAACCUGGAUUAGGACAGGCUAUCGAUGAAGCUAUGGAACGUAGAAAUAUUCACGACCCAUUUUCCGACAUUGGUGGAAAUGUCAGUAAUGUUAGUCUCGCCAGAUCUUCCAAGAAUUUAAGACAUCAAAGACGAAUAUCAGAUGAAGAGGCCACGAAUGAAGCGUUGGCAGAAACGAAGAGAAUCAGCAUGUUGAUUGCUGAGGAGGAGGCAAAGAAACUUGCACAAAUUGAUAGUAUCAAGGAUGAGGUGAACAAAGUCCUCAGUGAUAAAAACAUCAAAGAAAAUAUACAACCAGAAUCGACCCUUGUAUCGCCAACAAAUGACAUUCCACCUCACACGCCUAUCACAGACUCAAGACCUUCAGUAUCUGGAUCUGAUUCGAAAGGCAGAUCCCCUAUAUCUUCCGAUUCAAAAAAUCCUAUAUCACCUAUAUCACCUAUAUCACCUACAACACCUGCAACACCACAAACUACUUCCUCCUUUACAAAUUUUGACCAAAUUGUACCUCCAACACCUAUUGCUCUACAAUCAAAUCCAGCGUCACCUCAAGGACGAAAAACAGUGUCUUUGACUCUACACAACGCAAACAUCAUUAUUUAUGAUGACUCAGUCGCAUCUGAUAAAGGAAAGAUCAAAAUUAAACCUACCAUGGAUUAUAUGGUUCAAAUUGAACCAGAGUCAUCAAUCCAUCCUGGAUGGAUGAUAGUCCGAAGAUAUUCGGAUUUUGAAACACUGCAUGAGGUCCUCGCACGAAUUGCCAAAGUUUCUGGUGCUAAGGCAUUCAUUGAGCAACACCAAGAUUUGCCAAAGUGGAAAUCCAACACCAAACCAUUAUUACGCGGCGAAUUGGAGCGGUAUGUGAAAGAUGCUCUUGUUCACCAAGCACUUGCUGAAAGUGAGGGCAUGAAACGGUUCUUGGAGAAGGAUCAAGGAAUCAUGCCAGCGCCAGUUACAAAAGCUGCAUUUGCCUGGCCUACAUCAUCUCUGGAGAAUAUGGGUAAAGGCAUGAUUGAUACGCUUAAAAAUGCACCAAAGGGUGCUGCUGCUGGUGUUACAGGUGUUUUCAGCAACAUCGGAUCACUUGCACAAAAAAGAUCUAGUCAAAGCAGCUUGCAAUCCCAAAAUCGUAUUUCAGCACCAGCGCUGUCAAGAGUUGAUAGUCCGACUUCAUCAAAUGGUUCUUUCUUUGAAACAAAAAGAGGUAGAUUGAGCGAGGAUAGUUCGAAGGCAGCUUCUAUCGUUUCACAUCCCGGAAAGACUGUAUCCCUCGGACGAAAGCUUAGCCGCGGAUCUAUUCCAGGAGCUGUGGAAGAAUCUGGUAUCAGAACCAGAGGAUCUUCUGUAAGCAGUCACAUGAGCGCUACAUACAGCCCAUUACACAGUCGAGAGCUUAGCCAAACUUCAUCGAUAAAACCUGAGGAUACACCUCUUUCAUCGCCGACCACGAAAGAUUUCCAAGAACUAAGUUUGCCACCACCACCUACUGAGAUGCCCGAUGACUACACUUCCCAAGCUGCAGUCGAAAGACCAUCCCAAGCUUUAGUGGAUAAUAACAACACUGAUACACCUGCACCAUCAAAUGAGAAGGAAACCAAAGCUAUAUUAGACAAUAGCAGCACGCCUGCGCUGCUAAGUGAGAAGGAAACGAAAGCUGUGUUGGAAAAUUGCGGUUCGCCUGUUUCGUUAAAUGAAAAGAAAACAAAGACUGUGUUGGACAAUAGCGGUACACCUGCGCCACUAAAUGAAGAGGAAACCAAAGUAGCAAUUGAGCUGCUCUUCGCUGCCAUAACAGAGCUCUACACCCUCUCUUCCGCUUGGACCUUCCGACGCACGCUCCUAACUGCUGCAAAGGCCUACCUCCUUCGCCCGGGAAACCCUUCUUUAUCUUCUAUUCAAGUACUUAUACAAGACUCUGUCAUUGCAGCUUAUACGUCCGAUGCUGGAAUUGCCUCUUCUGUUCGUAAAUUGAGAGAGAAUGCAUUACCUACAGAAACCGAGCUGAAGACCUGGCCGGCAGAGAUGAGCGCAGAAGAUAAGGAGAAGUUAAGGGUUAAGGCGAGAAAGUUAUUAAUAGAGAGCGGUAUGCCGAUUGCUUUGACAGGUGUUAUGGGACAGGCUGCCACUGGGGAGGCUUUGGGGAAGUUGUUUGAUGCUUUACAAUGCGAAAAUGUGGCGAGGGGUUUGAUUUGUGGAAUGCUUCUUCAAGGUGUUAAAGCUAUUACACAUUAAGAGAUAGGGGAAUGUAAGAUAAAGGAAAGGCCAGAGUAUUAGAGUGGAUUGAGAUGUUUGGGAAAGAUGGAGCAAUGGAUAGAACAAAGACAGUGGGAAGAAUUAAACCUUGAGAAAAGAUGGGAUAAUGGAUAGAUCGAGACACUGGGAAGAAGUGAAGCCUUGAGAAAAGAUGGGAUAAAGAAAAGGAUGGAGACAUUGGUAUGUACCAAUACCUUGAGAAAAGACGCGACGAUGGAGAGAAUAGAAACAAUAGGAGGGAUUGAAAUAGUGAAAAAAGACAGGACAAAGAAAAGGAUAGAGACUUUGAAUUGCAUUGAGAACUAGAGAUACCAUUAUUACCUACCUAUGCUUAGCAUUAGUAUUAUUA